AUGGAUGGAAAUAUCUCAUCAGCAAAACAAAGUGGUUCGGGACUCCCUCCCAUGUCUUUUUCUCCUGAGAUUCAAGGUUUUAUCGUCACAAAAUUUGAUCCUCUACUUUCAAUAGUUAAAGAAUUGAACGACCACUUGCAAUCUUCAGAUAAAGAAAGAUUAAGGCUUGAAUAUCGAGUUUCAAGAAUUGAGCGCACUUUGGAAAGCUUAAUAAAGAUUGUAACUGAUUUAGGAUAUAAACUCCCAGAGGAGGAUGAAAUUGAAAAAAACAUUCCGGAACUAAAGAAUGAGCUAAGCCUUUUGCUUUCAGGAGAAGAAAGCAUUACAGCACCAUGGCUCUUCUCUGUUCAGUCAGGAACUCCAAUUUCGUCGCUCCAGAUUCUUUUAGAAUUUUCACAACCAAAUACAGAAGUAUUACUUGCUGAUACUUGGAGAAGGGAGGAAGAUAUGUGGAUUGGAUUUCUGGAUGAUCUUCCGGACGAGUUUUCCACAAGAAGACCUGAAAGUCUUUCUUUGGUUGACCUUAGAAGAGCUGCCAGAAAGGCUUUACUUGAAGUAAUACGCGGAGAAUUACUUCUUGUAAUUAGAAAUGUGCCUGGGAAACAAGAAGUACCACAUAAUCCUCUGCCAGUGACACUAGUUGCUAUUCUUGCUGCAGCUUUUUCUGAAGCUUGGGAGAGAGUUGAAUCAUCCGAUCCAAACUCUCUUGGAAGGCUUGCAUUAGUUUUAGAAGGUGACAAUAUUGGUAGUAGGCUUCGCGCUGGUAAGAAAAAGUUUGCAAUAGAAGCUUUAAAUUGA